UGCAGACUGUCAAUUAUUUCCUCACUGGAGCAGCGACUUUCAGUGGAACCUACAGUGUGAAGGAUGCCACGGUACUGACCAAGCCCUCCCCACGUGGAGCGGCGACUGUUGAGAUCAUGCUGUUUCCUGGCCUUUGGUUCAGUCACUUGGGGUUGGUGAGCUCCAUUGAAUUUGUGGUGCAGCCUUUGAAAAAAGCCGCACGGGUACAUUUCAAGAUAUUCAGGCCAUACUGUGCCCCGAACCUGUUCCUUAUCCCUCCAGGCUGUGAGUCACUCCGGACUCCCUUCGCCAGCUGUCAUACACAGCCGCUGUGCAAUACCACUGGAGGAUGCAUGAGUGGACAGCAGUGGUGCCACCUGAGGGAGCGAUGCCUGCCCAUCACCAGCCCCUGCAGCUCAUAUGCAUUUGAGAACGUCACCACCAACAUCCUACCAAUUGUGAGCCCGCCCAGAGGAGAAGGAGGGCAGAGCGAGAAGGAAGGGAAUGUCUGUGAUGGGGUGGAGAUCAAGAGAAAGCAGAUGACACAGAUUGAUGUCACCAAGGAGAUGGUGCUGAAGGUGGCGCUGGGCGACGAGGAGAUUCCCGUAUUCCCAGAUGAUGUCAUCGGUAUUCAGCACGAUGCUGGGCCCGGAGCCCUCCUGCAUUGCCUGCCCAGCUCUACAUCGCCAUGGCGACAAAGCUACGUCGGGUUAGUGGGUCAGAGCUGGGCAGAGAGUUUACUGGUGGGUUUCCAACCGGCGUGGCCCAGCCCCUCCUGGGUUGAUGGCAUUGUCUGUGAUGUCCGUGUCCUGUACACAGACCAGCAGCGAGCAGUGGCAGUCACCCCAUCCCUUGACACUGGGCUGCACACACACCCGGUAUCCCUGAUUGGCAGGGAGGACCCAACAGUGACCAACUGCUGUCCGCUGGGCACUCAGUCAAAGAUCACUGGCCUACAGGUCGUCUUCCCACAGUCUGAAGGCGACAGGAUCUCGGUACCGACAAACAACGAGACGCUCAUUGUGGUCAAGAUCAAUUCUGGCGGCUAUGCCACCUCGUGGUGGGGUCCACCAGUCCGCCAGUCAGCAGUCCACUUCGAGGCCCACUGCCCGGUCGACCUGCCUCAAUUCAUACCCGCCUGUCGCAAGGAGACGGUCGAUACCCGGUUCGCAUACGUCCACUUUACUGCCAGCCACGUGGGAAGGGAAGUCCUGAACAUCAGUGUGAACAAUGGGGUCAGCUCCCGUAACUUGUCUGUGGUAAUCCAGGCCGACGAUGUGAUCCAGGGCCUUCACAUUGUGCCCAACAACCUCAAGCGGAUGCUGGUGGAUGCCUCUCAAGUGUUUUCAGCCGAGGUUACCCAUGGCACUUCAGUUAUCUAUACGUGGGUGAUUGAUGACCUGGAAGUCUUUUCCUACACCGGACAAACCUACACGGUGAUUUUUAAACAUGCCGAGACCUACAGGUUGAAGCUGACAGCGGUGAACCCAGUGAGCAGUCAGAGUGUGACAACCGAGCUGGUAGCAGACACCAUGCGUCCUCUAAUGGAUCCAGAGUUUAUUAACAUGUCCAACGUGAUUCUUGUUAACAAGCCCCAACUCUUUGUCCUGAUGGUUAAAGCAGACAGCUUGGCAGAAGUGACCUUCCGAUGGAGUUUUGGUGAUGGCAGUGCCCAAGUGAUACAUUCCACACACCCACAGCACUCCUCCGGGCUCACUGAGGGGAACCAAGGUUCUGCAAGCGUGAACCUACAGGAUUACAUGGCCUGGACGUACACCCAGCCUGGUGACUACAAAGUGGAAGCAGAGAUACAUGCUCAGCAGAACCGUGUGACAAAGAGCACCCUCAUGUACGUCCGCAGCCUUCUAAUGGAUCUGAGCUGUGUCCUGGCCCCAGACCACCCCAGUGUUGAUGGGCUAGUUACGCUUGAAGCCUUCCCUCGACCCUCUUCCCAUGAGAUAUUCUACACGUGGAACUUUGGUGAUGGAACUCCUGCAGUAGAGGGGACAAAUGCCACCAUAUGCCAUCGGUUUAAAGAGGAGGGGGUUUACAAUGUCUCGCUGGUGGCCAAUAACACGGCCAGUAUAAUGAGUUGCCACAUGGUGGUAAAGGUGGAAGAGGAGGUCACUGGUCUUGUGGUGACCAUCAGUGGCCAGGGGGAAGUGGGCUCCCCGACGCUGGUUCACGCUGAGGCCUCAAGUGGGACCAACGUUGUGUGGACCUUCGACAUGGGGGAUGGCAGCUUCUUUGGCAAGCUGACGACAGCCACUCUCUCCCACACGUACGCAACCGAAGGAAGUUAUACUGUCACCGUCACCGCGAGUAACACCGUCAGCUCAGCCAGCCAAUCGGUUGCCGUGGAGGUCCACACGCUGAGGGUGGUGGACAUAAUGAGCCCAGGCUACGUGGCCUCGGGGAGCCAGGUCUCACUCCAGGCCCAGGUGACGGGAGCAGGGAACAGGACCCGUUUCCGGUGGAGCUUUGGAGACGGCAGUCCACCUCUGGUGGUGCUCGGCAGCUCCAGGACCAACCACACCUUCACCGCGGCUGGGAACUACACUGUGACGGUCACAGCCAGCAGCCCCUUCAGCACAGCACACCGGCAGGCCGCCAUUUGUGUCCAGGCAUCCAUCGUCUCCGUCCAUCUGCUGGCCAGUCACCGAUCGGUGCUCCCAAGGGAGCCGGUGCAAUUUGUAGCCGAGGUGAUUCCCGGGGAAGAUGAGGAGCACCCGUACGAGUACCGAUGGGAUUUGGGGGUGCUGGGCCCUCUCCAGUCUGGCACCAGGGAACUGACCUUCAGCUACAGCCAGGCAGGCGUCUACCUGGUCACGGUCCACCUCCAGAACCAGGUCGACCAGCGAAGCAGCUCCUGCUCAGUGGCAGUCCAGGAGAAGGUUGGGGACUUCACAAUCUCUCACGAGGGGCCCAGCCAGCAACAACUCUCCUUGAACAAGACCUACACGUUCCACAUUACCGGGGCUUUAGGCACGAACACCACCUUCCACUGGGAUUUUGGCGAUGGCACUGCCCAGGGAUCGGGUCAGGGGCUGCCGCACGUUUAUUGGAGCCCUGGCCAGUACACCGUGACUGUCGUCGGGGAAAACCUGGUCAGUCGCUUGGAGAAACACCUGGGCAUCUGGGUGGUAAUGCCCAUUACGGAGCUUAGCAUCAGCACCAAGGAGUCAACAGUAGAAACGGGAAAGGUGGUGGUGUUUGCGGCAAAGCUCAGCACAGGCGAUGGGGUCUCCUAUUUCUGGGCUGUUCGGGGAGACCUUGGUCUGCACCAGGGAUCUUCCCACUUCAAGUACAAGUUCAAAGAGCCUGGCGCUUACAUUGUGACGGUGACAGCAAGAAAUGAAGUGAGCGAAGAGACAGAAAUCCUCACCGUUCUAGCUGAGGAGAGUAUCCAAGACCUGGAGAUAUCCAGCGGAGACCUGAUUGAGGGCAGUUACUCGGCCAGCAGGGAAACUUGCCUGUUGCAGGCGCAGAUGGCCCUUGGCUCCAACCUGUCCUACGAGUGGACUGUUAGUCAAGGUCCUGUCACAGUCAUUACUGGUCAAGGUUCGACUGUAGUUUUUCAACCAGAGGAAGCUGGACAUUACCUGGCAGUGGUGGUGGUCAAAAAUGCUCUCGGAGAGGCCAAGCAGAGCAAAGAGAUCUUUGUCCAAGAGCGUGCCUGUGGAAUGGAGAUUACUGCGUCAGCACGCGAGGUAGCCAUGGGGCAACUGGUGCACCUGGAGGUGGUUGUCGUUUCGGGGACGGAUUUGCAGUACGAGUGGUCAGUUGAAGGAGAUCCGGAUCACAUCAAGACCAACACCUCCUCACUGUCCUACCUUCCCCUGUCUGCGGGAACCCCCGUGGUGACCGCAACUGCCUGCAACAAGCUGGGGUGCGCCCAGAGCUCCCUGACGUUAAGGAUCCCGGAGCUCAUCUCCGGGGUGAACUACUCCAUCGCGGGCGGGGCACCUCCCUUCCUCCUGCCAGCCAAUGCCACCGCCCUCCUUCAGGGCUCUGCGGACAGAGGUGCGGACAUAACCUGGGAAUGGAGCCUGGUGGGGGACACAGGUAUCCAGGCUUGGCAUGGGCACCAUAGGGAGCGCACCUUCCCAAUGGCGGGUGUGUAUCUGCUGAGCCUCAAUGCCUCCAAUGGAGUCAGCUGGGAGGUGGUCCACCACAACCUUACGGUGGUGGGCAGGUUCCAAGGGUUGGCGAUAGUCCCGGACAAGGCAGUGGUCGGGGUUGGCAACUCCGUCACCUUCAGCCUCUGUGUGGAGCAGGGCAGCGGCAUGCGCUUCUUCCUCUCCAUCCCCACCCUGGACGUGGGUGUGUGGUGGCCCGGGCCGACCUAUGGCCAGGCCUUCCCGCGGCCCGGCCGGCACCAGGCGGCGGUGGCGGCGUGCAACCCGCUGGGCGGCCAGACGAGCUCGGCCUGGGCGACGGUGCUGGAGGAGAUGGGCUGCCUGCACCUGGCCAACUGCUGCCGGCCGGCGGUGGAGGCACAGCGGGAGCUGCGGCUGAGCGCGGCGCUGCGGGCCGGCGGGGAGGGGGCCACCUACACCUGGCUCUUCCAGCUGCCCGGCUCGGCCGACCGCCGCCUGGCCGGGCCCAGCGUUGCCUACACGCCCGGCGGCCCCGGGCCGCUGACGGUGCGGCUGCAGGCGGCCGGCCGGUUCGGAGCGCUGGCGCUCACCCAGCGCCUUCGGGUGCAGCUGCCGGUGGUGGUGGCAGCCGCGGGCCUCUGGAGCGACGCUGUUGCCCUGCUGGCCGGCCAGGCGGCCACCUUCCGCCUGCCACUGGCAGGCGGCACCGAUGUGUGGUACCACUGGGACUUUGGCGAUGGCGAGGGUACCGUCAGCAGCCUGAGUGGCACGGCCCGCCACCGGUACCGGGCCGCCGGCCGCUACACCGUGCGCGCCUGCGCCUUCAACCACGUGAGCGCCACGGUGGCGCGCCUGGUGGUCACCGUGCAUCUGCCUGCCUGCCGUGCCCCCGCUGUCCGCCUGGUCCAGCCGCUGCGCUCCGUGGCCAGGGCCCGGCCCUGCUACUUCGAGGCCGAGGUGGACCUGAGGGGAUGCACGGCCUACCGGGCCCACUACCGCUGGUGGGUGUUGGAGGGGACUGGCUGCCAGCGGCCGAGCCGCCGCCCCCCGCUCCCUGCCGCCCAGCUCAGCAAACCGCUGCUGGCCCUGCCCAGGCUGGCGCUACCCCUGGGCCCGCACUGCCUGCAGUUCACGGUGGCGCUGGGUGGGAGCCCGCUGCGCGGUAGGGCGGCGACUGUGAUCCAGGUGGAGCCGAGCAGCCCGGUGCCCAUCAUCAGCGGGGGAACGCAGAGGAGCUGGGCUGCCCACCGAGACCUGGUGCUGGACGGCUCCCAGUCCUACGACCCAGAUGGCCAGAUGGAAGAGGGGGACCACCUGAUGUACCGCUGGCACUGCGAGAGCACGGAUCAGUCCACUACUCUCUGUAUCCCUGCUGAAAGUGCUAUGGGGCGUUAUCACCAUCCCUGGGCACACGCUGGUGCCGGUGCUACCUACACAUUCACACUGACUGUCAGCAAGCCUGGGAGCAAGGAAGCCCACACCACUCAAAUGGUUUUAGUCCGAGCUGGAAAGGUCCCCAGUGUGCUUUUGGAGUGUAUCUCCUGCCGUGUCCGCUGGAGCUAUGGAGUGAGCAGGAGUACACACGUCACACUGGCUGGAAGAUGUGCCAACUGCAGCAGCCAGUUAUUGCACAAGUGGACAGUUCAAAGUUCAGAUGGCUACCCCUUGAUCUUAGACAACAAAACCACCUCCACGGGAGACUGGAAUGCUGACCUGGUCAUUCGACAGGGUGUCCUCCAAGAUGGAGUCAACUAUACAUUCACCUUGAACAUAACUGACCUCGAAGAGGAAAUCACAGGGUUCUCCAGCAUCAUUCUGAGCCCUAACUAUCCUCCCAGUGGAGGACACUGUACCAUCCAUCCAGAUGAAACUCUCUACCUGUUGGAGACCCCUCUUAGCUUUAACUGCACAGGCUGGUGGGAUGAGGACGGAAACGUUGAUCAACUGGUUUACUCCCUGGUGGCUGUCACCUGUUCCAGGGGCUCUGUUUGCGAGAGGUUCCAGCUGUACUGGGGCAUCAGAUCCUCUUUCAGUGCUUUGUUGCCUGUGGGCUCACGGGCCAAUGCCACAGCAGUCAGCGUGCUCGUUGAGGUGGAGGACUUAUUGGGUGCCCGUACUACUGCCGUCAACAAGACCGUGAUGGUUCUGAUGCCGGAUCUCCCAUUAGGACCACAGGGUGUCAUUGACUGGUUGACGCGUAAGAGCCAGUCAGAGUUAUGGGGCCUGGUUCAGCAGGGGAAUCCUGAUAAAGUGAUCCCAUUCUCCAUUGCUCUCAUCAGUGCUCUAAACCAGCACACUAGGCAUCAGGGAGAAGUCCUGCAGGACCGGAUCGCCAUCCGUAGUAAUGUGACCUUGGCAUUGGCAUCCCUGAAUGUCACCACACUGGAGGAGGUGACCCAGGUCAGCGCGGGUCUGGCUCAGUGUGCGGCUUUCCCUGAAGAACUAGUUAGGGGACAGGGAUUAGCCAGGAGUCUGAAGAUGAGCAGACAAAUGAUUGACAUCAUUGGGAAUAAGACAGGUCAAGGGUCAGCCACACCCACAGAGGCUGGAAGGAAUAUCUUGAGAGUCCUAGGUGCUGCAAUGGCUGCAGUAAGUUCCGGCCUGAACAAUGGCAGUGAUGCAGCCGGCGGCCUGCUCACUUCUGCCUCCAUCUUCAAGCUGACCAACAAUCUCGUCCAGUCCCUCAUGCGCUCUCGUGUCCUCAACGAGGAACUCCUGUCCCUGUCUGUCUCGGAGAUUGACGUGCAAGGGAAGAGAACGGACCCCUUCAACUUGCUGUGUGCUUGGCCUCAGGACCACUGCCACUUCCAUGUGCCCCGGGCGUUGUCCCAUCAGCUGUCGGCAAGCCGUGAACUCGUCCAGGUCACAAUGAGCCUCAGAGUCAACCCAUUCCUGACAGGCUCCAUCAGCAACGACAGCAUCUCCACCCACCUCGGAUCCAUGGAGUUCAGCAGUGCACAGGGCCUCCCUGUCCCCGUCAGUGGCCUGUCCACGGAGACGUCCAUCCGCAUUACCUUACCAGAUAGGAGGAUGGAACGCUGGAGGCACGGCACCAUGACGAAGACCCUCCGUCCCGGAGAGAAUGUGAACUUCACGGUCCAGCCUGUGAACAGUAACCGUGCAGCGGGCCUCCAUGUCUGCCUGCGAUUCACCCUGCUAGAGCUUGGAGGAGCCCAGGACCCAGAUCCUUUCAUUCAUAUCUAUGUUCACAAUGACUCUCGGUUUCAUGCGACCUCCUAUAAAGUGACCAAAGGAAUUGCAUUGCCUUCUGAUACUGGCAGUCUGAGUGCUGAGCACACCAUCUUCCUGUCGCCUGAGGGGUACGACACUACCAGCGAGGAGCUCAGUGUCACCAUUUCCAGCCACUUCUCCUCUGCUCCAGUAGAGGUUUCUGUCAUUGUGUACACCUCGCUGUGUCAGUACUUCGACUUCCAGAGUCUGAAGUGGAGGACAGAUGGCAUCUUACCCACACACUGGACCAGGCCAGAGGAAGCAGUGUGCCUCACACAGCACCUCACUGUCUUCGGAGCGAGCCUCUUUGUGUAUCCAGAUGCUGUACAGUUUCUGCCUCCUGUGAACAGCCCGGUGCAGAACUCGAUUGUGGCAAUCACCUGUGCCUUGGUCUUUGCUGUUUAUGUCCUGGUGGCUCUCACUGCCCACAAGCUGGACUACAUCGAUAUCAACCGGGUCGGUAUCAUCCCCCUCUGUGGGCAACGUGGUCGCUACAAGUAUGAAGUAAUGGUGAAAACUGGCUGGUACAGGAACUCAGGUACUACAGCUCACGUGGGCAUCAGUCUACAUGGGCUGAACAAGAGUGGGUCCCGUCACCUGGAUAAAGAAGGAGCAUUCCAAAGGAACAGUCUGGAUGUUUUUCAGGUUGAGACAAAUGCCAACCUGGGCGAGAUCUGGAAAAUCCGAAUCUGGCAUGACAACACAGGCUUAGACCCUUCAUGGUACCUGGAGCAUGUGGCAGUUUGGGACAAGCAGACGGACAGUUUGUACUACUUCCUAGCUCAGGACUGGCUGUCUGUGGAGAAUGAGAAGAAUGAAGGAGUGGUGGAGAAGGAUGUGUUGGCAGCAUGCCCCCAGGAGUUGCGUCGUUUUUCCCGCAUCUUUGCUUCACAACUGAAGCGCGGCGUGUCAGAGAAGCACAUCUGGCUCUCAGUCUGGGAUCGUCUGCCACGGAGCAACUUCACUCGAGUCCAGCGAGUCACCUGCUGCACCCUCCUCAUAUACUUGUUCUUUACCGUGGGGGCGGUGUGGUAUGGAGCUGUCGGAAUCAAAAGCAAGAGCCUUCCAGUGGCGUACCUUGCCACUGUCACAGGUGAGACGGUGGCGGUUGGCAUUGUCCUGGCUGGCGUGGUGUUCCCGGUCCACCUCCUCUUCACUUUCCUCUUCAGAAGAACACGUAGCAAGGUCACGGUGGAUAACCCAGAACCUCCCACCAAAGAGACACAGUCUGUGGAAAUGGAUGUGUACCUGGACCCCUCCGAGCUUGGCAGCUCCUCCUUCCUGUCCAUCCCCAGAGGCCAGGACUCCAUUGUGGAUGGAAGCUUGGACAGUUACGAAUCCCUUGGAAGUAAACAGAUGGAACCUGAUUUUGGAUUUGCUCCGCAGCUGAUCAAUGGGAGGUGCAGAUGCUUCGCUUUCUUCAACAACAACCUCGUGGUAGACUGGCCAUCAUACGACAGUCUUUUCAACUUCCCCGACCUCUUGAACCGCGACCCUUUCUUAAGUCAGAAUAAAAUUUUGAAGAGGAAGAAGCCUUUGCGGAAACAGGGGAUUAAGUCCUGUUCGUCCUCGGAUGAGGAUCCACUCUCCUUUUCCAUUUCAGACUCCUAUGACAGCAGGAGUUUGAAACACAAUCACCUGACGGCAUCAGAUGAAGAUCUCAUGAGGAGCAUUGCAGAAGAAGCAAAAGUUAAUGACAGGUCAUCAGACCAGGUGACAUCAGACAGUGGGCGUUUCUCUCCGAGGGCAGAGGUGGACCUGGUCUCUGAGCACUUGGAAAGCUCUCUCAGUACCUGGUCUGACCUUGGAGAGAGGAAGCCACAUCAGUCGUCUUCCCUCAGUUCAUCAAGAAGAAUGGCCAGCAGUUUCUUGACCAGCCUGGAGCCAACCCCCAUACCGGGCUCUGCCAUUUCCACUCGUAUCGGAAUCUCAAAGAGCCCAAGGAAAUGGCUCUUCCCUCAUUCAGCCCUCUAUGUAACGUACAUCCUGUGCUUCCUCCUCAUGGCCACGUGCAUCAGUCUGACCAUCUCCUAUGGCAUGUUAUUCCCCAAUCACGUGGUGCUCAUGUGGCUGAUUUCUGCCUCCUUCUCCUUCCUGACCUCAUUUUUCUUCCUGGAACCCCUAAAGGUGUUGUGUGAAGCCCUGAUCCUUGCUCUGAUUACCAAGCCAGUAGAUCCUGAUGAGGAUGAUAAACUGGUCGAAGAACCGUUGGUCAAGAAAGCUUCAGAAAGAAUCAGUAAAGUCCGAGCACCGUAUGGCUACAGUCUCCUCCAAGCCAAAGAGGAGGCACGAAAAGUGAGAGCAUUGUACUCACUGAUGAAGAACUGUAUCGUGCACACGCUCUUCCUUCUGGUGGUGCUCAUCAUCAACUACCAGGGAUGCUCUGAAAACACCAAUGCCCGGCUUCUGCACGCUGCCAUUCGACAGUCAGUCGUUGGCAGGAAUCCACAGGCACCCAACGCUGCUGUUAUUCGGAGGCCAACUGAUACCUGGCAAUGGAUAGGGACCACGCUACUGCCUCACUUGUACAACAAUUCAAGGCUGACGCUGCUCGGAGUACCACAGCUACAACAAGUCCGGUCGAAGGAAGGACAUUGUUCCCCAUGGGCUUACAGGCUAAUCUCUGGCAUUCAUCCUGAUGUUACCUGCAGCCACUAUAACUCACUGAGCAACAAAACAAUGACCAGGGGUACCAAUUACCCUUGGGCUCACUCAUCAGAUGACCUUGCUGGGACACAGGCCUUGUCUGUUGAGUUCACCCAGUAUAGCCGGGACGUGGAUUUAUACGCAGUGGUGAAGUUAGUUGUGGAAUUCCAGCCUGCGAACCCAGCAGCACCAACCAUAGAUAUCAAACCUUUCUCUCUGCUGCGUUCAAGCCGGGGCUUGGACCUAUUGCUCAUGUCUAUGGUCUUACUGCUCCUCUUCAGCCUUGUUUUCUUGUGUGCGGAAGCUGCUGCCAUGCGUAGAGUGGGUCUGCCUUACUUCAGAGAGGGCCAGAAGUACCUCCAGCUCCUGGUCAUCCUCCUCUCCACCCUCAUUCCCACCUUCCACUUCAGCGGCCUCCGACUGGCCGACGUGCAGCUCGACCGUCACAAGAGGAACCGCUGGGCGUUUGUCAGCUUCUACCAUGUCGCCCUGCUGUCUGAGGUGGUCACCGACCUCGCCGCCUUGCUGCUCACCAUUCUCACCGUGAAGAUCAUAGGACAACUUCGUUUUUUCCGAAGGUGGUGUGUGUUCGGGAAGACAUUCCGGUAUACGUUCCAAGAGCUGACAGCAGCCACCUUAACCUUCUUCCUGCUUGACCUGGUCUAUGCACAGUGUGGCUACAUGAUAUUCUCUCCAGCUCUGGAAGACUUUAAAACGUUCAGGCACACCGUGCUGUCUUUGGUCGCCUUCUCCCGAGGAGCUGUGGCAUUGCAGCAUGCGGUUCACCAAUAUCCCAAGACCGCAUCGGUCUACUUCAUCAGCUGUCUGCUGUGCCUGGUGUGGAUUACAAGGAACCUCUUCUGUGCCAUCACCAUCCAGAACUACAGGCACGUCCGAGCAGAAAUGUACCGUCCUGCCAUUGAGCCACAAGAUUAUGAAAUGAUCGAGUUCUUCAUCAAGAGGUUCAAGCUCUGGAUCGGACUAACCAAAGCAAAGGAGUUCCGUCACAAAGUGAAGUUUGAAGGAAUAGAGUCCCUGCCAACAGGCAAUUCCCGAACUUCCAGGUUUUCCCGGUUGCCAUCUGCAAGCACCGAGUCCCACUGUUCCGACUGCACCGUUUCAUCUGGCUCCGUGCGAUCCGAGGAAAUGAAUCUUGCGGAGGGUCCGACCGCAGAGGUGCACGGUGUUGAGGCCUACCUUGACCGACUGCUGCCAACCAUUAAUGGUCUCCUUGAUCAGUUUGACCGUGUCAAUAAAGUCACCGAGGACUUGUACCGUAUUGAAACCGAUUUGCAGAAACUGCAGGACAGAAUUAAUGAGAAGAGGAGGGGACAAGGCAUGCAAGCAAAGAGCAACGCUGAGACAAGGACCAUCCCUCUGCCAAGCGCGCAUCUCCGUCGUCCGAGAACGUAUAGUGCCAUCUCCGAAUCAGCAGUCUCCAGCCAGCAGCCAGCAGCUUGUGAGCAUUCCGCAGAAGUAGUCAGGUCCGUUCACAGGGACCUGAUGGGUGGAUCCAGGCCUGGUGAUGCCCCCAGACGAAAAGCCUGGCAGUCUGGGCUACCGUUGUCCGCAGGCAUCAGCCAGAGGUCACUACCAAGCUCAGGGCUGGCUUCAAAACCCAGGCCCAGAAGUGAGGAAGGCCAGGAUCGAGGACUUGGGAGGCAGCUGGAACCAGUAAAGAGGAGAGCAUGGCAUACUGAAAGUGCUGAGGGAAACCAUCUGUGAUUACACAUAGAAACCAUGAGGAUGCUCUAUAGAACAUUUACAGUCAUACAGUGGCACUGUU